UUUUUGGGCAGGGGGGGCGGAAUCCGGGAAUCUUUUGAGGGGAAAGAAGGGAAUGCGGGUGGCGGGACCAGGAAGGUUUUUACCGGCCCCGGUAAAUAGGUAGGUAGAUCGGAGGUAGGAGGUAGCACUAGGGAAAACACUGACGCGUUUGGCCUCAUUUGCAAAGGUUCUCGAAUUGAUAGCAGCUCUCAGAACCGGCAGAUUUAAUCCAGCUCCAUAAUUGGGCCUUUCUGCCUGAUACGCUCUUCCUCAGAGCCGAACGAGAAUCGAUCACCUGGGGACACUUUCUGCUGUGUUAUCUCGGAAAACAGGAAUGUAAAAAGGUGUAUUGAGGUGCUAUCGGGUGAAUAGUUUUCGUAUUUAAUUGAUUUUAAGCAAAAAGCAGGUGAAGGCAGGAGAAUUCAUCUCUUGGUAAUUUCAGAUUGGUCUUUGAAUAUUGAUUUGGCUACAGAAUGUAAGUGGUUGGCCGUUGCCCUUUUUCAGGUCGUUGGUAUAGAUUGCCCUUCAUUUACAACAGUUCAUUUAGUGACCAUUUGAAGUUAAAAUGGGUCUGAAAAAAGUGACAUGACUGUUUUUCACAUUUACGACCGUUGCAGCAUUCCCAUGUUUAUGUGAGCAUAAUUCAGACACUUGGCAACUGACUCAUAUUUAUGAUGGUUGCAGUGUCCCAGGAUCAUGUGAUCACCUUUUGAGACCUUCUGACAAGCAAAGUUAAUGGGGAAGUUAAUGGGGAAGAUUCACUUAACAACCGGGUUACUAACUUAAGAACUGGAGUGACUCAUUUAACAACUGAGGCAAGAAAAAGUCAUAAAUGGGGCAAAACUCAUUUGACAAAUGUCUCACUUAGUAACAGAAAUUUCUUGCUCAACGUUGAUCAUAAGUUGAGAACUACCUCUAAUUUAGACUGAUAGUUUCUUUAUUCAGAACUAAACAGAGGUCUCGCUUUGAAGGACUGCCUCUGCUUAGUUCUGAGCUCAAUAACUCAGCCAGGGUUUACACAUCAAACUAAACUGAAACUAAAUUAUAUCUGGGCUUAAAGUGCCAUAAGAAUUGAGUUAAUGUUAUCUAGUCCUUCUUGGUGGUCUAUUCAUUAGUGAAGAACUAUAAUUGGUUACAUUAUUUCUCUUUGUGACCUGUCAGUUCAUGCAGAGAGCAUGCUCUUUAUAUAUUAAUUAAAAUAUGCUUUUAAAAGAUGAAAAUAAGGGAAAUGAUGAUAUUGUCAACAUGUUUUUAUCAUUUGGUAUCCAGAGAAAAUUGUGAAAUAGUAACUUUUCUUUAUUGUGUUUUUACAUCUAGUUCUUACAUGAUACAUGAUAUGGGCAAUUAUUUAAUUAAGGAUUGAUAUACCUUUGAAUCUGCUUAAGGAUUGAUAUACCUUUGAAUCUGCUUUGUCCAGUAAUUAAGAUGAUUAAAUCCAAAAUUCUGAAAAGUCACUCAUCUAUUCCUCAUACUGAUGAGGUAAUAACUGCUUGUGAAGAUGGGUCUUUUCAAAAAACAGGGCAGAAAAUUGUAAGUCCUGAAGAAGCAAAACAAUUAGCCCAAAAUCAGGUAUCUGAUUUAGUAUCUGACUUCAAGCAACAGAAACUUGAGAAAGAAGCACAAAAGAACUGGGAUCUAUUCUACAAAAGGAACAGCACCAAUUUUUUCAAGGACAGACACUGGACAACUAGAGAGUUUGAAGAAUUAAAAGCCUGUAAAAAAUUUGAAGAUCAAAAAUUGACAAUUCUGGAAGCAGGUUGUGGUGUUGGGAACUGUUUAUUUCCACUUCUAGAAGAAGAUUUGAAUAUGUUUGCUUAUGCUUGUGACUUCUCUCCCCGAGCGGUGGAAUAUGUAAAGCAAAAUCCUCUUUAUGAUGCCAAAAGAUGCAAAGUAUUCCUGUGUGACCUGACCAAAGAUGAUCUUGUGGAAAAUGUACCAUUAGAGUCAGUAGAUGUGAUUAUGUUAAUAUUUGUACUUUCUGCCAUUCAUCCUGAAAAGAUGCAUUUAGUUUUGAACAAUAUUUAUAAGGUAUUAAAACCAGGUAAAUAUGUUCUAUUCAGAGAUUAUGGCCUUUAUGACCAUGCAAUGCUGAGGUUUAAAUCUGCUUGCAAGCUGGGAGAAAACUUCUACGUACGACAAGAUGGAACCAGAUCAUACUUUUUUUCUGAUGAGUUUUUGGCAGAACUUUUCCAGUCUGUGGGAUAUGAAGAAAUAGUCAAUGAAUAUGUGUUUCGAGAAACUCUGAACAAAAAAGAAAAUUUAUGUGUGCCAAGAGUUUUCCUCCAAAGCAAAUUUCGAAAGCCUCAGAAAUAAGUUUUUGCUGAUAAAUUGUUGGAACAGUUGAAGUUCAAGGCUAUUUUCUUACGUUAUUCAGUUUAAACCAAGUUUUAUAUCAGGCCUGUGGGACAAAAUAAACCUAGUACUUGCCUAGUCAUCUUCUAUUGAAAAAAUCCUGAAGGUAGUUGAAAACUCUGCUUCUAUUUUAAAUAUAAUUCAAUAAUUUUGGGAUUAAACUACCAGCUUCCAGCUUUAUAAUUCAGGAUCACAAUGUUUUCCCUGGCAAGAAUGCUUAUUAUCAAGCAGAUUCCAGAAGUUAUAAACUCAUAUAUAAGCAGUGCCUGAGUACACAUGACAGCUUUCUUGAUACAACAUAGUGAGCUAGUACUAGCUGACUACAUCUACUUAGCCUAACCUGUUAUGUGCAUACCUAGCCAGUAUGAUUGGCUAGUUUACAGAUCAGUGUGACUUUUAUUUAUUUAUUUUUUAUUUUAUUUUUCAUAUUUAUAUACCGCCCUAUCUCCCUAAGGACUCAGGGCGGUUCACAGGCAGUUAAAAUACAUAUAAAUACAAUUAAAAAUGACAAUUAAAAAACUUAUUCUAUAGCCCAAAUUAUUAAAAACAGUAUAAAUAGUAAAAACCCCUUAAAACCAGUUACUUUAAAAUCUAAUCCAGUCCCGCGCAGAUAAAUAAGUGUGUUUUAAGCUCGCGACGAAAGGUUCGGAGGUCUGGAAGUUGACGAAGUCCUGGAGGGAGUUCGUUCCAGAGGGUGGGAGCCCCCACAGAGAAGGCCCUUCCCCUGGGUGUCGCCAGACGGCACUGCCUAGCUGACGGCACCCUGAAGCUUUUGUUUUGUUAACCCAUUUUAGUCAUAGCUGUAGAAAUGUAGUAUGUCACUAAGCCUGUAGUUUAGUUUGUUGGUUAUGAGCCCCUUUUGUGGGUUAUGAAUCUUAAAUUGUGAUUUAAUAUUUUGUGCAAUCCCAGCUAAUGGUGGUUCUUUUAAUUGAUUGUUAAAUAAAUUGUAGUUUAUCAUAAUGAAAGCUAGCUAGGUGAACUGAUAUUGGGCCAGUCACUCUUAUCACAGCUGAACUCACCUCCAAGGGUUAUUGUUCUGGGGAAAAUAGGAGGAGGAAGGAAUAUUGAAUAUGUUUGUAUCUUAAGUUAUUUGUAAAAAUAAUAAAGGCAGGAAAUAGAUGAUAGGGAGAGAGGGAGAGGGAGAGGGAGAGAACUCAGCUAAUGGACACACUGGAUGCCAAAAUUAGAAAGAUAGCUGAAAGAUAGCUUCAUACACAUAUAUGUUCAUACACAUAUAUCUUGCUAACAUACUUUAAAAUACUCUGCUGCUGAACAAAAUAUUUUUGUACAUAGAAAUAGAAUAGAAUAGAAUAGAAUAGAAUAGAAUAGAAUAGAAUAGAAUAGAAUAGAAUUCUUUAUUGGCAAAGUGUGAUUGGACACACAAGGAAUUUGUCUUUGAUGCAUAUGCUCUCAGUGUACAUAAAAAGAACAUUCGUCAAGAAUCAUAAAAUAUAACACUUAAUGAUAGUCAGAGGGUACAAAUAAGCAAUCAGGAAACAAUAUCAGUAUAAAUUGUAAGGAUACAAGCAACAAAGUUACAGUCAUGCAAUCAUAAGUGGGAGGAGAUGGGUGAUAGGAAUGAUGAGAAGACUAAUAGUAAUAGUAAUGCAGCCUUAGUGAAUAGUUUGACAGUGUUGUGGGAAUUAUUUGUUUAGCAGAGUGAUGGCCUUCGGGGAAAAACUGUUCUUGUGUCUAGUUGUCUUGGUGUGCAGUGCUCUAUAGCAUUGUUUUGAGGGUAGGAGUUGAAACAAUUUAUGUCCAGUUUGUGAGGGGACUGUAAAUAUUUUCACAGCCCUCUUUUUGAUUCGUGCAGUAUACAGGUGCUCAAUGGAAGGCAUAUGGUCCUGCAGUUUUUACCUUGUGAUGAUAUUGAGUGAAAGGAUUAAUGAUGUGUUCUGAGAAUUCUAAUGAUGGCAGUGUUUCUGUUUUCAUGCGAUUCUGAUCCUAGCUUUUUGGUGCCUGUCCCAAAAGUUAGGUUCAGAAUCACAUUAUUGCAGCUACAUGAUUGCAGUUUGCAAUCAAACACAAUAAUGAUGAAACCAGCAGGAAGUCAGAAGUUCCAGUGAUUUGAGGUUCUCACUUAAUAACCUCACUGUAGUCCUCACUUAAAAAUGUUAGCUAUAUAACAAGAAUUGCUCUUGUUAUAUAACACGAUCAUGUGACAUUACACUUCAUGACUGCAUCAUAGUGAUAGCAAUUCUGGUUCCAUUUCCAUUGAACUAAUUGAAUAUUGUAAAUUGGAGGAACAAGCAAAUGCUUCCUAGAAUGCAGAAGGCAGUUGUCUGCCAUCAGACAGAAAAACAAGACAUAGUUUGAUUGAUAGAGCUGGGAUGAAGCUAGAAAUUAUCUUAUUUAGCAUAUUGGACUAUAUUUACUUGCCAUGCACAUUUGAAGGCCUAGCUAUGUUCACACAACUCAUUAACCAAUUUUAAGUGAACUGUUGUCAAUGUUCAAAAAGUACAUUGAAGCAUAGAUCAUACUGGCUGAAAUAACAGAAUGCCCUAAUAGAAUCAAGAACACAUGAAGUGUUACCACUUUAUAAUGCCUUGGUAAGGCCACACUUGAAUAUUGCAUUCAGUUUUGGUCGCCACGAUGUAAAAAAGAUGUUGAGACUCUAGAAAGAGUGCAGAGAAGAGCAACGAAGAUGAUUAGGGGACUGGAGGCUAAAACAUAUGAAGAACGGUUGCAGGAACUCAGUAUGUCUCAUUUAAUGAAAAGAAGGCCUAGGGGAGACAUGAUAGCAGUGUUCCAAUUUCUCAGGGGUUGCCACAAAAAAGAGGGAGUCAAACUAUUCUCCAAAGUACCUGAGGGUAGAACAAGAAGCAAUGGGUGGAAACUAAUCAAGGAGAGAAGCAACUUAGAACUAAAGAGAAAUUUCCUGACAGUUAGAACAAUUAAUCAGUGGAACCACUUGCCUGCAGAAGUUAUGAAUGCUCCAACACUAGAAAUUUUUAAGAAAAUGUUGGAUAGCCAUUUGUCUGAAAUGGUGUAGGGUUUCCUGCCUGGGCAGGGGGUUGGACUAGAAGACCUCCAAGGUCCCUUCCAACUCUGUUGUUGUUGUUGCUGCUGCUUCUGUUGUUGUUGUUGUUGUUAUUAUUAUUAUUAUUAUUAAGACACAAACCCAAAUGACGGUAUAGUCAUUGAUACUGGUUUGAUUCAAUCUAUUAGACUAGGCUAAAUCUGUAUGUUUCAGAAUGUUGUUUCCACUUGAAAUGGGGAAAAUUGUUAAAGGAGGAUGGUUACUUCUAUUCUAAUAAGAACAUACUUUAGUGUCUUCAGUUUUCCGGCAUUACCUAUUAUAGGUAAUAAGAAGUAAGCAGGUUGUGUUUGAAACAUUCCAUCAGUGUUGGUGUUACAGCUUCUUGCAUCCAAAGUACAAUGAGCCCAAAUUAUGUCCUAUGUUAGGCAACUUAUUUUUUUUAAAUGUUGCAAAAGCUGGGCUCUCUUAGUACACUAAAUAUUUUCUUAACUAUGAUUAAUUGACCAAACUGCAAUUGGCUUGGCCUUUGUGCCAUUAAAUAACAAAAAUGUUGGAUUAGACAUGAGUUGAGAGGUCUGUGAUAGGAAUUUCCUGAUGUUUUCCUGGCCCAAAUAGAUGGGAAAUUUGGGUCAUGUGACCCUUGACCAAAUUGCAAAAUCAUUCUCCUAGUAAUCAUUAUGACGGAUCAAAACAAUCUGUCUCUUGUGCUGGCAGCCCAUUAGUCAGGAAGUAAGAGGGAGGGAAGGAGAAACAGAUGUAAAAAAACAGGGCUGGCAGAAAAAGAGUAAGGGGAAAAGAUGGCUGUGUUCACUUUAGGCCAGGGUGUCGAACUCACGUUGUAAUGACAUCGUCACGUGACGUAUUGGGACUUUCCCCCCUUUGCUAAAUGCGUGGCCAGCACAUGAUGCAUCCGGCCCUUGGCCUGGAGUUUGACAGCCCUGCUCUAGGCUAUGCUUUCCCUAUCACAUAAUCCUAUGAAAUCUCAGUGCUCAUUCAGGCUUAAAACCAGUUAGCAGAAAAGCCAAGUUUCAGUCAGAUCAUAGCGGUGGGCUGAAAAGCUAAUCUUUUAUUCUUGAGUUAUGUACCUCGUUUUCAUUUUAUGAAACUUUUUAAGUCACAACAGAUUAGAAGAAGGUACCUUCUCCUCUUUAUUUAUUGCUGGCAUAAAAACUUGUAUAAAGAAAGCUGCAUCCCAGUCAGCUAUUAUACUCAGGUUAAGGAAGCCAUGACUUAGUGUAUGAACACUCCCAUUGUAACUUAAGAAACCAUGUUUAAAACCAAACAAUGGCCUAGAAUGAUAUAUUGACCUGGUACUAAAUUUAAUAUUUGAAUAUUUUCAAUCUAUUCUUGAUUUAAAAGUUGAUUGGUAAAAAAGGCAUAAUUUGGGGUGUUCUAUUGACUAUAUUGAGUAUUGUAUAAUUCAUAGCUAAUUAGUUCAUGCUUUUCUUUUUGAUCAGAGUUAUAUUCAAUUUCAUUUACACUACAGUAUAGUUUUAUACUACCGAAGAAGGCAGGUAAAGUGUAAUACUGAUAGAUUGGAAUGUACUUGCACAAUAUUUUGUUGGGAUGAUUACUUAGUAACUGUUUUCAAAACAAAUUCAGAGACUAUCUCACUUUAACUGGGUUCGUGUGAUAUCACUAGUCCAUACAGGAAAUCUCUGUGCAACAUUGUGACAUAGCCAAUUCUUCUACAUUUCUGUUACAUGGAUCACUUCUUGUUUUGUUUAUGUUUUCUGUGUAUUUUCAUCCACGUGCCUUAUUAUUUGUUACUAAAGUUAUAAAAAGACAUUCAUUGUUGAUUCUUCUGUCUGGCAUAUACACAACUGGAUCAGUGGUUUAUAAACUUCUUCUGUAUUGUUACUGUUAGAGUGAUUGUCUAAAAUUACAUGAUAUCAGAGGAAAAAAGGGGAUAAUUAUUUGACAAUCCCAUUUUUGCUGUUAAGAUAAUUAGAUCAUAGUAGUA